AUUUUCUAUUUUGUGCAUACAUUAUUUUGUAUAUACUGUAUAUGAUGACUUCGGUGAGCAGUGACCGGUCCAGAGGUGCUCGGGAAAAGCCACAGAUUUCAGCGACACAGGCAACACAACUACAGAAACAGGUGGUACAGGCAACGGCUGAACAGAUGCGUCUUGCUCAAGUGAUCUUUGAUAAAAAUGAUUCAGAGUUUGAAGGUAAAGUUAAACAGCUUAUGGAAGUGACAGGAAAAAAUCAGGAUGAAUGCAUAGUGGCUUUGCAUGACUGUAAUGGAGAUGUCAACAAAGCUAUCAAUAUAUUGCUGGAAGGGAAUUCAGACACGACUUCAUGGGAGACUGUAGGAGGGAAGAAGAAGAAUUUUGGAAAAGAAAGUUCAGAAAACAAAGAGAAUAGAGAGAAGAGAAGUGAGAGAGAAGUGAGCCGUGGACGCGGAAGCAACAACCGGAAAGUAAGAGGUGGCAAUCGUGGGAGAGACUUUAGAGGUGAAGAGAAUGGAAUUGAUUGCAAUCAAGGGGACAAGCCUUCAGACCGUGGCAAGAGAGCUCGUGGUAGAGCGUUUGGACGUGGCAGAGGGAGAGGGGCAGGAAGAUUCUCAACACAAGGCAUGGGGACAUUUAACCCUGCGGACUAUUCAGAUUCUCCAUCUAUAGAUGGGUGUGGGACAAAACCAGUAGGUUGGGAAGCUGCUCAGAAUGGUGCAGAUGAGGGAACUGAACUGGCAUCAAAUGCUCAAAAUGUAGCUCAGAAUCUGCCAAACAAAAAUUCUUUGGGACUCAAAGGGGCCUGGAAGAAUUCUGUGGACGAGUGGACAACGGAAGACUGGACUGAAGAUCUUUCUGAAACAAAGGUCUUCACUUCCUCAUCUGCUCCAGCAGAGCAUCUUGUCACACCUGGGCAAAGUGUUGAUCUGGUAGCCUUGCUCCAGAAGCCUGUUCCUCACAACAGUCAAGCCUCAGAAGUCAACUCCUUUGAAACUUCCCAACAGCAGGGCUUUGGCCAAGCCCUUGUCUUCACAAAUUCUCAGCACAACAGUCAGAUGGCACAAGGGACUGGCAGCUCCACUGCUGUCAAUCCCUAUCCACCUCAGAGUCUGUCAUCCGUCCUUGGUUCAGGAUUUGGAGAGCUCGCACCUUCCAAAAUGGCAAACAUCACCAGCUCCCAGAUUUUGGACCAGUUGGAAGCUCCAAGUUUGGGCCAGUUUACCACCACCCCAAGUUCACAGCAGAAUAAUAUAGGUCCUCCCACAACCGCUUCUUCUUGGGACCUCAAGCCCUCAGCAUCCCAGUCCUCAGUCCUUAGUCAUUUUGACUUCAAAUCUCAGCCUGAGCCAUCCCCUGUUCUUAGCCAACUGAGCCAACGACAGCAGCAGCAGACUCAGGCAGUCACUGUUCCUCCUCCUGGGUUGGAGUCCUUUCCUUCCCAGGUGAAACUCCGAGAGUCAGCACCCAGAGACAGCAGUACCUCCACUGUGAACAAACUUCUGCAGCUUCCCAGCAUGACUGUCGAAAACAUCGCCGUGUCUGCUCACCAGCCACAGCCUAAACACAUCAAACUCCCUAAACGGCGAAUACCUCCAGCUUCUAAGGUCCCAGCUUCUGCAGUGGAAAUGCCUGGUUCAGCAGAUGUCACAGGAUUAAAUGUCCAGUUUGGCGCCUUGGAAUUUGGAUCAGAACCGUCUCUCUCUGAAUUUGGAUCAGCUGCAAGCAGUGAAAAUAGUAGCCAGAUUCCCAUUAGCUUGUAUUCGAAAUCUUUAAGUGACUCUUUGAAUACCUCCCUAGCAGUGACCAGUGCAGUGCAGAACUCCACCCACACAACUUCAGUCAUUACCUCCUCCAGUCUGACCAGCUCAUCGCUGAGCUCCACUAGUCCCGUAACAACAUCUUCCUCCUACGACCAGAGUUCUGUGCAUGACAGGAGCGCGUACCAAAGCUCUGUGAGUCCAUCGGAGUCAGCUCCAGGAACCAUCAUGAAUGGACAUGGUGGUAGUCGAAGUCAGCAGACAGUAGACACUCCUUCAUCUGUUCCAGCUCCAAAGACAACAGACCCUCCCUCCGCCCUCCCAUCCGUGGGCUCCCUGCCCAGCACCACCUCUUGCACUCCGCUUCUGCCCUCUGUACCCCAGCACACUGCCGCUCUGCCCUCCUUGUCCCAGCCUGGUGACCUGUCCAGCAGCCCCCUCUCUCAACUUAGCAGCUCUCUCUCCGGCCACCAGAGCAGCCUCUCCUCUGCGCACACGGUGCUCUCCACCAGCACGUCACACACGCAUGCCGGCGUGGAGAGCGCCCCUUCCCUCCAGUCCUCAGCCACCUUCUCAACGGCAGCAACCUGUGCCUCGAGUGCCGCGUCCUCAGGGCUCAGCCUGCCAAGCAGCAUGAACACGGUCAACAGCCUCUGCCUGGGCGGUACCGCUGUGAGUGCCCCCAGCAGCAGUGCCAGGGCCACGCCCUUGGUGACCUCAGGCAAAGCGCCCCCCAGCCUGCCCCAGGGGGCGCCUCCCCUGCUGCACAGCCAGUACCUCGUGGGCCCCGGAGGACUGCUUCCUGCCUACCCGGUUUAUGGCUAUGACGAGCUCCAGAUGCUGCAGUCACGGCUGCCGAUGGAUUACUAUGGGAUUCCUUUCGCUACACCCGCAGCCCUCGCCAGUCGAGAUGGGAGCCUUGCUAAUAAUCCCUAUUCAGGUGAUGUCACAAAGUUUGGCCGAGGAGACUCUGCGUCCCCUGCACCUGCCACCACCCUGGCUCAGCCCCAGCAGAGCCAGUCCCAGGCCCACCACACAGCCCAGCAGCCCUUUCUGAACCCUGCCCUGCCACCUGGCUACAGCUACACUGGCCUCCCCUACUAUACAGGCGUACCCAGUGCCUUCCAGUAUGGGCCCACCGUGUUUGUCCCCCCGGCCUCAGCCAAGCAGCACGGUGUGAGCCUCAGCAGCCCCACCACCCCUUUCCAGCAGGCCAGUGGCUAUGGCCAGCACAGCUACAGCGCAGGUUACGAUGACGUGAGCCAGGGGGCGGCGGCGGGAGACUACACCAAGGGUGGCUAUGGUGGAUCAUCGCAGGCACAGAGCAAGUCUGCAGGUUCUGGGCCUGGCAAAGGAGUGUCGGCGUCUUCGAGCGGCCCCGGCCUCCCUGACGUGACUGGGUCCGUCUACAGCAAGACUCAGACUUUCGACAGGCAGGGAUUUCAUGCAGGGACCCCACCACCGUUCAGCCUGCCCUCGGCCUUGGGCUCCCCUGGGCCCCUGGGCCCCGGUUACGCGCCCUCACCGCUCGUGCACGUCCUGCCCGCCCACCAGCAGCCUCACUCACAGCUGCUGCACCACCACCUCCCGCAGGACGCUCAGAGCGGCGCGGGUCAGCGCAGCCAGCCCAGCUCCCUGCAGCCCAAGGCACAAGCCUCCAAACCUGCCUACGGCAACUCUCCAUACUGGACAAACUGAACCCUGAAGAGCUGGGGGGCCAGGGCGGGGCCUACCCCGGGCAGGAGAGCGCACAGAGCCCGGCACCCUCCCCAGAGUUUCUGAGACGUGUCAGCCGAGCCUCUAUGGGGAGCCUGCCUCCCAGACUCCCUGUUGUAUGUAAUGUAUUUAUGUAUGUAUUUGUAAAUGUGGUAGAAGGCUUGGGGGAGGGGGGAGCAGCUGCUCCUCUCCCCACUCAAGCCCCUUCCUGCUGUAGCAGCAGCAGCCCCCUUCCCCCCUUCUGCCUUCAGGCCUUCUACAGAGCCCCCCGGUGGGCAGCGUCUGGAAGGGCUGGCUGGAGGCAGUUUGGGGACUGGGGUCAGGUACCAAUGAAGAAUCACGGCUCAUCUCCCUCCCUUCUCCCUCCCUUGUAAACCAUUCUUUGAGUUUUCGUCCCUGUGUAAUUACUUUAUCCCUUGCUUUUUGAGAAACUGGUCCUUUUGUCAUCUGUCAUGUUCCCCUCCCUCCAAACCUUGAUCUGGGAAUGGCAGAGAGAUAGCCCUGCCCCGCGCCCCCCCCCCCCCCCCUUAGAGGUGGCACCUGUUUGUCUCCACAGAGAGCUGGGGCUUCGGCUUCUGAUCUGGUCUUGUCCCCAGAGACUUGCCUUCCUCUGGCUGACCAUUUUUAAAAUAAUCUGAAUUUGCGCUCAGAGAUACUCAGCCAGUCAGCUCCCCUUUAAAAAAAAAAAAAAUCAAAGAUAUGCCGUCAUCUCAGUGACAACAUGUCUCCAAGCAAAGGCUCCUCUAUUCCAGUCGUCCUGAACCAGGUGGGCGACUGUUUCAGAGGUUUUCUCUUUUGCCCAAACUCCACCUAAUAAAGUUCUGAGAGCAUACUUUCUCUGUGUGGUGUGACUCAGGGAGAGCUCAGGGCAGAGACCAUCUUCAUUAUGGUUCCAGGGACCCUGGACUUCACAGGGCUGAAGUAGAGCUCCCGUGGUCACAGGCUUCUGAUAACAGGGUGUUAGGGCUUCAGUGGGUAUUCCUUGCUUUGCUGGGCCCUUCUCUUGUCCCAAAACAAUCAGCAUUCAGGGAGGGAAAAGGUAAAGGACGCAGCUGACAAGGUAGCUAACCCUCCUGACAGGCAGUGCUUAUCAACGGUUACCUUUGUUUUUCUUGCAACUCUGUAACAGACUUAGGGGACAAGGCGGUCUCUAAAAGGGUCUUGUCAACAGGAUAUUACGGUAGGGUAAUUUCUUUUCCAAAGGAACAAAGGUAAGAACUCUGAGAAUACAGUUCCAGGCCUAAGUUUGCACAGCUAAACCUCUCUGCCCUUUGCUCUUCAUCAACCAAAUGCAAUCUUGAUUGACCGUCGAGGACUGUGGCGGGACAGAUGACUAGUGAGCCAGGGUGGUGUGAAGUAGGUAAGUGGGUCCUGGGCUAAAUAUCUGCUCCAGAAAGUCCCAAGGAACCAUUCACCUGGGGCCAGGAUUCUGACUUCUCUUAAGCUCCUCCCUCCUGAUUCCAGGCCACCAGUCCAGAAGGAACUGGGGCCGUAAAACUAUCCAUGUCUCCGCCAGGAGGCAGAUCUCCUUGCUUGUCUGAGGCGCAGCUGUAUUCCAGCCUGGCAGCUGGCUCAAGGCCUUGAGGUGUUGCCCGAGGCAUUAUAGCAUCCCGUUUCAAGUCAGCGUGCCAGAACCAGCCCAGGGGGUACAGUCUUUACCUUGUCUGUUUUUGACCUCCAAAAUCAAUGGUCAUUCAUCAGAUAGGUCAAGCACUGCUGGCUUAAAAAAAAAAAAGUGUCCACAACUGAAACUUACUAAAUUAUGUGAUCUAUUGCUUUCUGAUCCCUUCUUUUAGCAGCGGGAAGUUGACAAGUGACAAUGAAAACAAAAAACUUGCAUAAGGAGGGCAGUGGAGCACUCCUCCAUCACUUCACCGACCUACUUGUACUGGCAGCUUGCGCCCUAUUUCAGAAUUAAGGUUAACAAAUGGCUUUGUCUUUAAUAACCUUUCUUAAAAGCUGGUAAGGAUUUGGGGAUAUUUAUUCUGCAAGGAGGUGAGUUGAGCAGACUGUCAAAAGGCAGGUGAGCAAGAUUUGGUUUUUGUUUUAGUUUUUCAGCUGACUCCUGUGCAUAAUCUGCAAGGGAACAGAGCAAGUAUUAAGACCACCUUUUAAUUUUAAUACACAAAAAAAGAAGAGGGUCAUCCCAUGGGGAAGUAGCAAUACAGGUAUAUUUUAUUUCACAUUUUAUUAGUAGACAGAUGGGCAGAAAAAGACAAAAAAUAAACCACUAAAGGGGAAAUUGAACACAAAAUGCAUCAGAUAAUCUUUUCUCAUAAGUUAAAGAAAAACAUCUACAAUUUCAGCUAAGAAAACUAUUAAAGUCAGGUGUGUCCUGCUGGUUUCAGAAUAGUUGAAAAUUGCAUCUGAAUCUUUGUAAAUGUAAACCUUUUUAAAAAUCAGGAUGGGAGGGUAGAGAGUUAAUUUUCAGUGGAGAACUACACAUUUUCCCCUUCAAUCGCUUACUAUGUAUUUUCCAAACAUAAGGAAACCAGCAAAUAAAGAAGCAAAUAAUUACCAGGGAAGAGGAAAGAAGGGACUACAAAAAAGCUUGGCUAAUAGAAAAAAGAACUCUGGAAUGAUGUGAAAUGAAAGGGGAAGACUGCGAGAAGCAACAACGGAAUCAUAAUGUACGUUCUCCACCCAGCCUCAAAAUACACAGACCUGAAGAGCGUCCAGAGGCCUCCACUAGAAUCGAAAGGAACCUAAAAAUGCAGGAUGGAUCCUGAAUUCAUGUUACACCAAAUAAUCAGCACAACUGUACUCACAAGGUUGUGGCCUAAGCCUGAGAUCUCCACUCCCGAAAGAAGUUACGUGCUUCAGUUUUCUUUUGCCAUAGUAUGUGUUCGCAGGACAGAGCUCUGGAACCAGCACCUGGGUUUUACAAGUCAGUCUGACCUAUCAGAAUGUCCCACCUCCUAGCAAAUCAGCACACCCCAGUCUUUUCUGGAACUGACGACUACUCUCAUCAGAGGCAAACCCAGCUCUGAAGAGUAACACCCCAAAGGCUGAGAGGUACAACCUCCACCUGGCUCUCUGAGUCAACGUAAAACAGAGGCCAGCAGGGCCUGUGCGACAGGGCUGAGCAGCACAGCACCUCCCACAGUGCCAAGGAGUCUGGCCUGCCCUGGGGGAGAGACGCUUUGGCAGGAAGAGAAAAGGCUUAGUUUUAGGGCUCCGAGAGAGCGUAAGACCAAGCACGCGGCGCACGCGUGUGUGUUUUGGGAGUGCGGAGUGAUUGAUAGGGGGUGAUCAGAGCAUUAUGAGUAUGUGUGGGGCAAAAAACUAGUUUCAACGUCCUUCUAUGAGAGUUUGCACUCGGUGUUUUGUCACAGGAGAGCUGCUCUGUUCUCUGAAUCUGACUGGAGUCGCUUGACUCAGGGGUGCAAGUAGGCCAUGGAGUUUGGACAGAUUCUGGGACCAGGCUCAACAGUGUCCCAUGUGAACCUUAGCACGUUCAACAUUCCCACUUUUUUAAGACUAGAUUCCAGAGAAGGCUGCUGGGAAUUAGUUGGCAAAUGUUUGGAGAGUUUGAAGAGCGAAUGAAAACCCUGAGAUCAGAAAGGAAGGAGGAACUAAGGACCUAAGUAUCACAGACUGUGUCCUAGGGUCCAUCCUACCUCUGUCCCUCAUCAACCCUUUCGUUCUUUCUGAGCUAUACGAUCUGAAGAAAAGGAGUUGAACGCUAGCGCGCAGGGAUCUGAAGUAGGUUCAUAGCGGUAUUUUCCCCACUGAAAGAACACUGCCCUCCUGUGAACUGACCCGCCCCCAUAAGAAACAAAAAUCAUUGCCAAGUACUGAAGAAGUCCCUGGUUGGUGAAGGCUGAUGGAACUCGGUAUUGAUUGAAGUAACACACGAUCGACACCGGGGAAAUCAAGGCUGCAGCAAUUGCGUGGCAGGAAGAUCUAGCGUUGCCCAGACACUGCUUGCAGCCAACUCCCUUGGCUCUGCCAGAAGAGUCAAAGAAGCUCAGGGGAAAGCUCCAUGCACAACUUCCGCUUGCACUCCAUAGCCCGAGCACAUUGAAAGGAGAGAAAAGUCCAGGUCACAUCCAGUGAGAAAAGCGGGAACCGGUCACGCAUGUCUCACAUAUAUCCACAGUUACCACUAUCAGUAUAAGCAGCUCAAUGAAAACCAAAAUCUUAACACAUGCACCUAGUAUUAAUACUAAGUAAUUAAAACUCGCUACUUAAAAAAAAUCCUCAUGGUGAGAGUGUAUCUUUCAGGGAAAGGCCAUGUUAAAUAUAUAAAACAGAUGUUUUCUCUCCCAACAGUGGUCCCCAGUAGUUUGACUUUUUCCCCCAGCAGCAUCAACCAAAACCAGCAUAGUGAUUUUAACUCUUCGUUCCCGUCACUAAGACUCCACACACACACACACACACACACACACUAAUCCCCACUCUCUCCCCACUCCCUGGGGGAAAAAAAUAACUCUGCCUUCAAAAUAAAUAGCAAUCAGUUCUAUGUAAAGUAUGAAUAUUUAUUUCAGGCUUUAGAUCCCAAUCGAUUUCGAAAAACAAAAUCUGAUCUCUCAGAGUAGCUGAGGCCUCUGUGUUAGGCUGAAGGGCCCUGUGCCCUUAGGAACACGUUUCAACAGGUUCAGAACAAAGUCCCUGACGCCUGCUGUACCCCAGCCUUAAGAAGGGAAAGAAAAUUCACCACCACGGGGCUGAACGAAUGCACACACACUAAGGUAAAUGAGCAGCUAAAACUUGGCAAAUUUGCUUUGUUAAGAAACGUUUUGUGGGGCUUUUACGGUUUUUUUUUUCUUUUGCUACCCAGCAUAUGCAGCACUUGUGAACUCCCGAUGGGUUCCCAGCUUUAAACACAUUAAACGUCUUGAUGAAAGACUAAUUCUUCAAGAAUCUAAAAACAGACCAAACGUGUUUUGCUGUGAACACUUUGCAGAGACGAAGUGAGGUGGGAGUUUGAGUUUAAAGAAAAAAAAAAAAAGAA